AGAGUGAUUAUCUACCAAAAUUUCACUCACUUUAGCUCCUCCUCAUCCACUAACAAACUGCCACCUCAGCUCCACAAAGAUAAUGGUUGUAACUGUCAUCUCCGACCACUUUCUCCAUCAGCCUCUCCCUCUCAACCAACCCUAAAUGCAUUCACAUAAACAUAACCAAUAAUCCUUCUCUCUCUCACACAUGGCAGUUCUUCCAUUCACAUACCACCACCAUACUCUCUCAAAAAUCACAUUUAAUGCUAUUGCCGGAGGAGAUUCAAAGCAAAAUUGGCCGAAAUUCAAGCGAUCGGAGUCGCCAAAUUUUCGGAGAUUUGUUUGCAAAUUGUCGAAUGCUUCCACCUACACUUCCAGACUUGCGACUGAUGUGUAUCUAUAUGAAUCACCUGACGCUUCGUUUGAUCAGUAUUUGGAGGAUAAGCCCAGAGUGUUUAAGGCCAUUUUUCCGGAUAAGCGUAGAAGCCAGCAGCUUAACCAUGAAGAAUGGAGAGUACAUAUGUUACCUAUACAGUUCUUCUUCUUGACGUGUAAUCCAGUGAUCGACAUGCGGUUGAGGUGUAAAUCAAAUGGAUACGACUACCCAACCGGAGUUCCACCACAAGUCACCAAAGUUCUUGAUCUCGACAUCGUAAGGUGGGAGCUUCUUGGGCUGGAAGACAUUGUCAAACCAUCAGAGUUCUCUCUUGGUGUCAAAGGGGCAUUGUACCCAUCUAGACAAGGAAACCGUAGUCGACUUAAAGGCCAGCUCUCGAUGAGCAUAACGUUCGACUUACCUCCUGUACUUUCUUUGAUUCCAGAGGAUGUUCGCCGAGAUGUUGCAGAGACGGUUUUGAAGCGAUUAGUGGAGAACAUGAAGGAGAAAGUGAAUGGUAGCUUGCUCGCUGAUUAUAGCAGAUUCAAGAACGAACGCGCAAAGAAACUAGUGUGAGUUAUCACGCUUGACAAGUCAAAUUGCAAAUCAGGAUACCAUUUUUCUGUGUAAAGAUUUGUGUACAAAGCCUGUAAAAAUGCUUGUGGUUUUGUAUCUAUUAUUAUUUGGAAGGGUGUUUUGCUUAACAAAAAUAUAACAUGGUUUGGCUUUGA